UUUCGCUCCGCCGCCAGAAGACCUGCGGGUUCCUGGGAGGAGCCCUUAGCAAAUCUCCGAGAUUCCUGGGCUCUCUGCGAACGACUCAUCUCUUGAAGACCCCGAGCGGUGGAUUACAGGAACCGAAAAGCUUUGGUGGCUUUGGGAGAUUACGCCGUGUCUGGCGUGUGCUCACGUUUCCGGGCUAGGGGACCCAGCGGAGGAACUCCUUUUGUUACCUAUUGAAGUAAGAAGAUCAGAGGGGAGACCGGGCUUGAAGCGUGGAUUAAUGAAUUUGGGAGUGGAGUGUAAUGAACUUGGGAGUCAUGUAGAGCUUCCUUGACGCCUGUCCUGGAACCUGGUUUCUGGGCCCACACACUUCUCUAAAGACAGACCCGCUGUGCCAGUCUGGAUGGACCAGCAUCUCCAUUUCGAAGAUUUUUACGUCUUUUGUCUUCUUCUGCUAAGAGAGCAAUCUCUUGGGUGAUUUGUUUGCUUUUUGGCGAAUGAUGGAGAAACGUAAACCGGCGGGAUUGCUGGCCUUGCCGUACCCGCUGCGCACCGCGCCCCUGGGCAUAGCGGGGACGCUGUCCCGACUCCCCGCGAGGGACCCCUUCAAGGUCUCCUUGCGACUGGGUGCCACUUGCUGGGAGCCGGAGCACGGGGGCUGCUCACGGAGACGGCAGUACUUGCCCCUACCGCGGGACGGCGCCUUCGAGCCCGCCUUCCUCCGCAAGCGCAACGAGCGCGAGCGGCAGCGGGUGCGCUGCGUGAACGAGGGGUACGCGCGCCUCCGCGACCACCUGCCCCGGGAGCUGGCCGACAGGCGCCUCAGCAAAGUGGAGACGCUCCGCGCUGCCAUCGGCUACAUCAAGCACCUCCAGGAGCUGCUGGAGCGCCACGCCCGGUGCCCCGAGCGCCUGCCCGGCGCGGUCCUCCAGCGCAGGGCGGAUUGCAGCAGCGACGGCGAGUCCAAGGCCUCCUCGGAGCCUUCUCCCGGCAGCGAGCCCGAGGAGCAGGGCAGCUAGCGGGCCCCCAGCCCCCUGCACAGCGCUCUCCCAAGGUGGUCUGGUUUGCAUUUUUAAUGGGAUUUCUUCUCCAGAGCUAAGUCUUAGGAAAAAGAAAUGAGGAGAGUUUGACAUUUAGGGGUUCCCUUCUCCCCUUAUUGAUUUAUGUGUCUGCAACUUGAAGGUGCUUAUUAUGGAGACUUUUUGCCCACACUUCUAAAAUGCAAACUGUUCCAGAUUCUGAGCACCUCGUUCUAAAUGCAAUUAUUCUAAAAACUCACAGAGUGGUAAACUAUUGGAACUGCCCACAGUCAGUUGUAAAUGUGAGUGAAGUAUAGACAUAAAUAUUAAACCUUAACCAAAGAAGAACUUUACCAUUCCCCCCAAAACAAAAUCAGAAACCAAAACGAAACCCAAAGAAAACCACUACAGUCCUUGAGAGAAGUAUCUCCUUGCAUUCCAUCCUUGGGGCAUUGUAUUAUCUAUUUAAUUAAAAAUAAGAAAAAUUAAAAAAAUUUAAUUGACACCGUAUUUUGGGUGAAGGUGACUCUGAGCUGACAUUUGAAAAUGCAUUUCCCAGCAGGUACUGUUGACUGAGCACUAGAUGGUUCUAGAAAAGUCAUUCUGUGUGAUAUGUACUGUGUUGUCAACAAGGGGCCCUUGGAAACUUUAUAGGAUUUAGCAGAUGAUCAGAUAUCUUAGAGUUAAUGAUCUCUUUGGAAGAGAGCCCAGAUUUGUAUGAAAACUUACUUUCCUUCUCAGCUGUUUCUUCCUUUUCCUUUU